UAAAAAGAAGAACUAUUUAACCUAAUUUUGAACGAAUUUUGUUAUUUUGUUGCAAAAGAAGUAAACAAUGACUGAAAAACAAAAACUAUUGAUUUGCGGAGACGUCGAAGGCAAAUUCCAACAACUUUUCAAAAGGGUCGAAAGCAUUAACAAUAAGUCAGGCCCGUUUGAUUGUCUUCUAUGCGUAGGCAACUUUUUCGGCAUAAACAACAGAGAAUUCAUCGAAUAUAAACUUGGAGAUAAAAAAGUACCGAUACCCACGUAUAUCUUAGGACCGAAUAACGAAAGCAACGUGAAUGAGUACCCUACCGAUGAAGCGAACUUUGAAAUUUGCCCGAACGUUUAUUACUUAGGUAAACGGGGAAUUUACACAGACACUAAAGGCUUGAAAAUCGCCUAUAUAAGCGGCAUAUCCGGCAACAAUUCAACAGACCCUUGGACAUACACGGAAAAAGACGUAAAAGAACUCUGCGAUGCAUCUGUAAUAGGCAAAUCCUCUUCCCGAGGCAUCGAUAUUCUACUAACAUCCCAAUGGCCUUCAAACAUCAUCGUUGAAGGUUCAAAAGUUUCCCCGACAGUAAACAUGCCUAGUGAAUUACCUUGCUACUUAUGCAUGAAAUUGAAACCUCGAUACAUAAUAAGCGGGUUAGAGGGAAUCUACUACGAACGACCGCCUUUCCGUUGCCCGAAUCUGGGAGAUCACGACAACACCGUGGAUUUAGCUACUAGAUUUAUAGGACUAGCACGAGUCGGGAAUCCCAACAAAGACAAAUGGAUAUACGCAUUGAGUUUGACUCCUUUGGAAAAGAUGAAGUUCAAGGAUUUACUACAAAAAACCAUCGAUGAAACUCCUUGUCCUUUCGAUAUCAACGAAUUGGAAAGAAAGAUUUUCAAGACUUCUAAGAAAGCAUUCAAAUCUAACCAGUACUUUUACGACAUGAACGCUCCCAACGAGGAUGAAAAAAGGAAGAGGAAAGCGAAGAAACCUCGAGUAGAAUUUGACCAGAGUAAAUGCUGGUUUUGCCUUGCUAGUCCUUCGGUUGAGAAGCACCUAAUAAUAGCAGUAGGAAAUCAUUCUUACUUAGCCCUAGCUAAAGGCGGAUUAGUUGAUGAACACUUUCUUAUUUGCCCUAUAAACCACCAUCAAAGCAUCCUCGAAUUGGAUAAAGACAUAUCAAACGAAAUAAACGAAUUUAAGAAGAGCUUGAAGAAAUUCUUCGAUCGCACUGAUCAAGUGCCAGUGUUCUUCGAGAGGAACUACAAAACUUCUCAUAUGCAAUUACAGGCCGUACCUUUACCUAGAAGAGCCACUACUGAAUUGCAAGAUAUUUUUAUAGACGAAUCUGAAGCACAGGGAUUCAAAUUGGAUUUGCUGGAAUCGCACAAUCGACUCGAUCAAGUUUUACAAACUAAAAUCCCUUACUUUAUGGUGGAACUUCCGAACGGCGCCAUUUUGUACACGAAAUUACAAGGAUCAGUUGAUUUUCCGCUGAAUUUCGCCAGAGAAGUCCUGGCCUCGGGGCCCGUGCUCAACAUGAAAGAAAGGGAAGAUUGGAAAAGUUGCCUGUUGAAUAAGGAGAGUGAAAUGGAAUUAGUCGAGAGGAUACGUACCGAUUACGAGCCGUUCGAUUUUACUAAUUUGGAUUGAAUUCACAUUUCAUUUGUAUUUAAGAAAGUAAGAA